CCAGAAGCAACACAGAGGAUGAACUUGGAGAAUGGCACUGUGAAGACUGAGUUCAUCCUCCUGGGAUUCAGUGACCAUCCAGAACUCCAGACUUUUCUUUUCCUUGUGUUUUUGACCAUCUACUCUGUAACUCUCAUGGGGAAUCUUGGGAUGGUUUUACUAAUCACCCACAGCUCCCAGUUGCACACUCCUAUGUACUUUUUCCUCUGCAUGCUGUCCUUCAUCGAUGCGUGCUAUUCCUCCGUCAUUGCCCCCAAGUUACUUGUGAACUUGAUUGCUGAGAAGAAGAGCAUCUCUUACAAUGGCUGUGCUGCGCAAUUCUACUUUUUCUGCACUUUGGUUGACUCAGAAUCUUUCCUCUUGGCUGCCAUGGCUUAUGACAGGUAUGUUGCGAUCUGCAACCCACUGCUUUACACUGUGAUUAUGUCUCGGAGGGUCUGCUGCCAUCUUGCCCUUGGAGCUUUUUUGGGGGGAACCAUGAGCUCCAUUAUUCACACGACGAAUACAUUCCUUCUCCCCUUCUGCUCCAAGGAAAUCAACCAUUUCUUCUGUGACAUCUCCCCGCUCUUCUCUCUGUCCUGCAAUGACACGUUUGUACAUGACAUCAUUCUGGUUGUCUUUGCCAGCCUGGUGGAGGCCAUCUGUCUUCUCACGGUUCUCCUCUCCUAUGUCUGCAUUCUAGCUGCCAUCUUGAGAACGGGCUCUGCAGAGGGGAGGAGGAAAGGGUUUUCCACCUGUGCGUCCCACUUGCUGGUGGUGACUAUUUACCACGGUACCCUCAUUUUUAUUUAUCUGCGUCCCAGCACAGGUCAUUCUCUAGAUAUCGACAAGGCGACCUCCGUGUUCUACACAUUGGUCAUUCCUAUGCUGAACCCUCUCAUUUACAGCCUAAGAAACAAAGAUGUCAAAAACGCCUUCAAGAAAAUGAUUAGCAGGAAAUUGAUCUCUUAG